AUGCAACUUCGAUGAUGUUCAGUUAAAUAACAUGUAAACAUGGCUGCGUCCAGUUCUCACGUCGACGACGAAAUCGUCUUCGCCGCUGUGACGAAUAUUCCAAGUGUAUUUCGUUCCAGGGAUCUUCGAAAUUACUUUUCGCAAUUUCUUGAGGCUGGUGGAUUCCACUGCUUUCAUUUCAAACAUAGACCUUUGCAGAAUCUAACUGAAAAUGAGGUCCAAAUCGAAGCUCCAAAAGAAACCAACAGCGUUCCUUGUGCAGCCAUAUGUGGGCCUCCCCAUGGCGUCACAACCCAUGGAAGGCAAGGGCAUGAUGGAAAUCCAGUAGACAGAACUAGAGACCAGAAUAUGCGAACGAUAGCUGGAGCCUGUAAGAAAAAGAAAGGAAAGAAUCCCAAUGCCGCAAAACGCAAUCAACAUGAACGGUCAUGCUGUGUCAUUCGACUGACAAAAUCCAACUUGGAAAAGUUCCUCCAGAUGUACAGCAAGAAGAAUUGGGUGGACCGUAAAGGUUCACUGAUGGCAGAACUGUGUCACAUAUCGAGGAUAACAGUUCUAGAUGAUGUCACUGAUAAAGAAGAGCCACAGUUUACCCCCCAAAAGGACACCUUUUUAAAGUCAAAAAGGAAGCCUGAACGGCCCACACCUAUAACAAUCAGUACUACAAUGCCAAAAUCAAUACUACGUCAGUUACCUGAGCUCAACCCACCUGAUAUCAUGCCCAAAGGAAAUGUUGGUACACCCACCUCAGUCUAUAGUCAGCUGAUCAAAGAGUGUCAAUUUCCACCUUGGCUCAUCAAACAUCUGGGACUUGUCUUUCCCAAGAGUCAGUCCAACAGAAGAUAUGGAAAUGUAGGAUUGGACUAUAGUGAUACUGUGGUAGAAACUCUGGUCUCAAGUCAAAUGAAGCAGAAGAAGAAAAAGAAGAAAAAAAACAAGCGGAAAAGGAAAGACAGAAGUUCCUCGCCAAGCGAGACAAAGAGGCAGAAAACAAGACAUGAAAGUAGCUACAACAAUCAGAGUAUUUCACCUCCCAAAUCAGAUGAGGAUAAUGAUUCAGGUGAGGAAUGGGAGCGAUAUGAAGCCUUACACAAUGAUGUAACCAAUCAGGAGAGAACAACUGAGCGUCUGUUUGAGAGCGAGAUGGAGGUCACAUGGGACAAAGGAAGCAGUGGUCUUGUCUUUUACACUGAUGCGGCAUUCUGGGAUAAGCAAGAAGGCGAUUUUGAUGAGAAAACUGCUGACGACUGGGAUGUUGACAUGAGUGGUUACUAUGAUCCAGCCGGAGGAGAUAAAGAUGCUCGAGACUUCCUUCAGAUGAGAGAGCAACAGAGAAGGCUUGAUGGCAUCGAGAUUGUCAGUGCCUUCAAGCCAUCAUGGAAUGCAACAAAAAGACAAAUGAAACUUGACAGGCGAAGAGCCAAAUUAAAGGUUGCAGCAGAGAAAAGAAUUGCUGAGGACCAAGCACGACCUAUUGGAGCAUUUGAGAAACAUACCAAAGGUUUUGGCAGGAAGAUGAUGGAGGCACAGGGUUGGAUGGAAGGUGAAGGCUUGGGAAAAGAUGGAAACAAAGGAAUAAGUACAGCAUUACACAACGAAGGACAGAACAGCUUUGACAAAAGAGGUUUUGGAUAUUACGGGAAGCAACUGUUACCUGAUCAAAGUUCCAAUAUGUUCCAAGACAAUUCCUUCACAAGACCUAAAAAGGGCAAGCGAGCGGUGAUUAUCUCAACCAUCUACGAUGACCCAGAGACAACUGAUCCUGUGGAGAGACUUCUCAGAUCACAAGGGCCUCACAGUUUAAAAUACAGAAACAGUGUCAACUUCACAAAAUCCACAGACACUGGUUUAAAGAGGCUGCAAAGCCUAACACCUGAAGAGAAAAGUUCUCUUUAAAUAAACGUCAUGAAACAAAGCAAAUUUGAUCUAUAUUUUUGUAUUGAUAUUUAUAUAUUAAAAUAUUAAUUUAUGUUAAUUUAAGCCAGUCCCAAAGUUUGCCUUUGUAGCUUGUGUGUAUUUGUUUUUGGAGUUAUCUGUUACUGUGGGCUCAGACAUUCGUUUAGCACUCAGAAAGUGAAAAAACUUUGCAGAUUUGCUUCAAGCCUGCAUAUAAUUAUAAUAUUUAAGGAUUUCUGUUUAUUUUGCCGAAUAACCUGUGUUCUUUAUUUACCAGUAUAUAAUGCAUGUUUUGCUUUAACUGAUGUUGCAAAUGUCCUCCCAGUUGACAGAUAUUUGUAUUUCCAGAAAAAACUGUUUAUCUUGGUUUAUGGAUGUUUGUCGUCAGAAAGUUUGAACUUAUUCCAAAGUGUAACAUUUCAAAACUGCUUGUUUCAAUGCAAGAAAUGAAGAUUCCUGUAUUGGCAUAGAUAUUUAAUUGCAGGUACGUCUCAUCAAACAUUGAAUUCUGUCCUGCUGCUUCUGCAUAACUGCAUUUCAUUUGAAACACAUUUAUUUGAGUAAAUAAUUUACCCCAAAAUGUGUUUUAUCACAUAUGAUGGGUAUGGAAUUCUUACACCUUAAACUUAUAAUCAAAAGUUUGUAAUGAGGAGUUUUCCAGAGACUUCUUUACAAUCUGCAGAAGUCUUUUUGUUACCACCAAUUCACCCUUCAGCUGUUGUUAAUAAUGAAACAAGCGGAUGCUUAAUACAUGCAUUUUUAGCACAGUGAAACUCUGUUGCUGGAUUUUGAAACCAAGAAGGUUCUUAAGUCUUAGUGAUAUUUUGGCCAGUCUAAAUGUUACUAUCUUUGUAGUUUUUCUACAUUUGUUCUUGAAGUUAUUUGUUAUUGUUCAUAUCUGCCCAGAAAAUCUGUGAAAGCACUUGUCACAGUGGCAAAACACGCCAGAUUCAUCGCUGAAAUGACAUCGAACAAUUUCCGUUUAUUUUGCUAAAUCGCAUCUCUGUGUUCAACAUUCAGUAUACAGUACACAUAUGUACAUGUAUUUAGCAAUGUUUCAGAAGUCCUUUUGAAUUAAAUAUUUCCAAAAGCAUUGUGAAUCUUUCUGUGUUCAUGUACAUGUUAGAAAGUUCGAACAAACUGCAAUAUUUAGUAGUCCAAAGUAGUGGCUUUUCUUUCGAAGAAAUAAAGUUUCAUCCACAGCCGUGGAUCUUCAACUCUGAC